CUUAAAAUACUUCCAUAUAUAACAGUUGAUUUUUGUUUACUUGGAUAAACAUAUGAUGAUGUCUUCCGACAAGAUUUUCAUAUUUCUCUUUGUUGCAAGUCAAGUUAUCUGUAUAUUUGGUGCCGUUAAUGUUGCUAUUAAUAAACCAACACGACAGAGUACGAUUAAUCUUGGUGUCAAUACUUCAAGUUGGGCUGGCUUAACAGCGUGGUGGUGUAUAGAUUUACUACAGGAGUUUCAUAUCAACACCGUUAGAAUAUUGGAGAGAGCUCAUGGUGGAAGACAUGAACUGAGUGAUGGAUUUGAGAUGAGAAUAAGUUCUAGUGGUCAGUGUGAUAAAGCAGGAUUUACAGCAGCUACACCAUGUUUUAAAGAUAGCGCAUCAACAACAGAUUCAGUAUAUACCAUCGAGAGAUGCAAUCAUCCAGCAAUACCAUCAUUAUCCGCUAGAUAUAUUUUUAUAUCUGUUAAACGCACUGAUGCAAGAUUGGAUAUCUGUGAGGUUCAAGUAUUUGCAGAUGACUGUCCGGAUGGUUUCUAUGGUAGCAACUGUAACAUACGAUGUCCCACAUCCUGUCUGAACAACACAUGUGAUAAGAUAGGAGGAUCAUGUUCUAAUGGUUGUCAUGGUGAUCACUAUGGUAAAAGAUGCCAGUCUAUUUGUAGUGGCCAUUGUAAGGAUGGUAAAUGUGAUGACAGGAUAGGACGAUGUUUUGGAUGUAAGGAUGGUUACUACGGUGAUGUGUGUGAAGAAUCCUGCUUUACCUGUAAUGGUACAUGUCGACAAGUAGAUGGUGUUUGCUUGAUUGGCUGUAGGGAUGGAUAUUGGGGAUCCAAUGGGCUGUGCUUACAGACAUGUUCUAGUUGUACCUCCGGUGGAUGUCGAAUAGCAGAUGGCGAUUGUAAUAAUGCGCGGAAAGUUAGUUUGACCAAGAAUUCAUUCAUUACACCGACAAUUAAUACGACUGAUGAUGGAGAUAUUGUAUAUACCAUAGCUGUUAAGACAGGUAACAGAGCAAAUGCCGGCACAAAUGCUAGAGUACAUGUACAAAUUAUUGGAACCACUAGUCAAACCGGCCUUAUUCGUAUUGAUGACUUGAAAAGGAAUGAUUUUGAACAAGGGUCGACAGAUGUUUUUGAGCGAAAAGCUAAUGAUGUCGGGGAAAUCAAACAAGUUCUUUUAAAACGUGACAACAACGGUGUAAAUCCAAGUUGGUAUGUUGAAAAUAUUGUUAUAACCAAGGCUGCAACGCUGACGGCUAUGAAAGAGGGUUUAACCGUUGAAGGUAAUGCCAUCAAAAUUCCUCUGAAGACAGAUCAUAUUUUUGUUUUUGAACGGUGGCUCGACCUGGAAAGAAGAGUUGACAAAACAAGUACCAUUGUUCAUUACCUUACUAUCCAGUCAAUCGCUGAACGUAAGUAGAUUACAAAUAAUAUCUUAUCGACCAUUGACCAAACAGUAUCCAGUCAACCUUGAACGAUGAGUAUCCAGUCAACCUUGAUCAAACAGUAUCCAGUCAACCUUGAACAAACAGUAUCCUUGAACAAACAGUAUCCAGUGAAUCCUUCAUCUACAGUAUCCGGUCAAUCCUUGAACAAACAGUAUCCAGUCAACCUUGAUCAAACAGUAUCCAGUUAACCCAUGAUCAAACAGUAUCCGGGGAAUCCUCCAUCUACAGUAUCCAGUCAAUCCUUGAACAACAAUAUAGCCAGUCAAUCCUCCAUCUACAGUAUCCAGUCAACCUUGCUUGAACAAACAGUAUCCAAUCAAUCCUUGAUCUACAGUAUCCAGUCAACCUGUGAUCAAACAGUAUUCAUUGAAUCGGUUGUCAGAAUAUCCCCAAGACUGGAUAACCUGCUCUAACACUUGCAUGUUGAAGUCAGAAUAGCGCAGUGACAUAGGAACCAGUCUGACGUCAUUUAGAACAGGUUAUCCAGUCUAGAAUAUCCCCUCGUUCAUUUAAUAUCUUUUCCGGUUAUAUCUAUUUUUGUUAAGGUCAACUUCAAGUGCGGUCAAAAGUCACGAGAUGUAAACAGGGCUAGGGCUAAUCCCAACCCUAACCCUGGACCUAGUCCUAACGCUUACCCUAACGCUAACAUACAAUCUUGCCAACAAUCUCGUGUCCUAACCCUAUUUACAUCUCAGCGACCUUGACGAAAUCUUGGCCUUAACAAAUAGAUUUAGCCAUCUACUACUGAAUACCGUAACGCUCACAUCCGGUCACCUGUUUAAAUUACCUCCCUUGUAUACUGUAGAUAAGACUUCUUAUGCAACUUCACGUUUCAAAAUCAUUAUGAGUACAUUGUAUUGGCGUUUGAUACAUAAAUAUCAAUGUUUGUUUUAUUGGGAUAUUUGGGUCGGAAUAAACCACGUUUCAAAAUCAUUAUGAGUACAUUGUAUUGGCGUUUGAUACAUAAAUAUCAAUGUUUGUUUUAUUGGGAUAUUUGGGUCGGAAUAAACCACGUUUCAAAAUCAUUAUGAGUACAUUGUAUUGGCGUUUGAUACAUAAAUAUCCAUGUUUGUUUUAUUUGGGUCGGAAUAAACCACUUUACAUUGUUUAUUUUUGUUAAGGUCAAGGUCAUUGUUUAUUUUUGAUCAAACCAAUCAAACAAUAAAUAUAUUGCUUUUUCUCCUUG